UUCUGGUAUUCAUUCCAUAUCUAGGGUUUAGCAUUAAAACCCUCAUCCGUCUUGUAAUAAUCAACCUAUUUUCUACUUCGAAAAAGGCAGCAUAGAAUCCAUAACAAUGAAAACUGAUGAAACAAACCAACAAACGAAAAUGACAAGGACUCUGAGCAAAAAGUGCAGAAGCUGCCAAACAUUUUUGUUCAGUGCAAUUCUUUCAAUCAAGAAGAAAAAGUUGAAAAUGAUUGUAGUUCUCAGUGUUUUGCUUCGUGUCUUCGUACAAAGUAACGAGACGAAUUGGAGCGCCAAACAGAAUUCGAUACUAUUAAAAUAUCCCCCCUUUUUUUUUCUUUUUUGGAAAUGUUAGGAUGAAAAUUCAGCACCCUUGAAAUUUGAGAAUUGAGAUGGAAAUGUAAUCUAGAAUUUUGGGACGAAAAAUUAUUAAUUCACUCUCUUAUAAGACGUAAUAACAUUUUUCUCAGUGUGACAAUAAAAAAAUCAACAACACGCAACCUUCGACUUGCCGCUCCACGAUUUCGCAUCCGAGUUUGAGAAGCGUAAGAUGAGCGUAUAGGCCAGUUGGCAAUCGGCAACCACGAAAUUAAUGCAAAGCAUCAACGUCGGCCGUGCUUCAUGGCGGCGGCCGUGAGGUAGCCAUUCCACCUUAUUAUCCAUUCAAUCAAGUCCUAUCCUAGUUACAACUAUUUUUCAAAUUAAAAAAAAAUUGACAGACACAAAGCUAAAGCCAAUAGUUUUUUUCCCACAAGUGGCAAAAACCACUUCAUUCAUCCACCGAGGCAUCGAUUAAAUUAAGACAGUACGAUAAAAAAGACUCUUAUUUUGAGAAAGAGGAGAUAUCAUUAUUCACUAAUUUGGUGGGUUUUGUGCCAGACAGGCGAGGGGAUAGUUUAGCUAAUGCUUCAACUAGAUUUCACAAAACCGUAGGAUCAUCUCCUCCUUACCAGGCGGCAGGCGAGGGGGGAAUUCAUGAAUGAUUCCUCAAAAUGGCAAAUUGCUUAUGUCAAAACCCGCAGUUCUUUUUCUCCCUGCAAAAUAGUGACAAUGCACAAUACCAAAUAAAAACAUCAACUUAUAUAUGUAAACACAAUUUAACCACUACCAAAACUGACCACAAUCGUUGUAUUCGUAUGGUAUGUCAAAAGACUGGUCCGAGAAUUUCUCUAAAUCUAACUCUAUCUCCACAAACUAUAGAUCUGAUGACUUCUACGUAACGCCUAACAUCAGCAAGAAAACCAAAAAAUAUCUUGGCUACUGGCCCCAAAAUAUGAACAAAAUGGAAAUUACUACGUCAACUCUCGCAAUAAUAUUAAAGAUAUACCAUAAAUGAUUUGAUUGAAUAAUUUAGAACCAGCUGGGAAAGAAUUUAUUGUUCCUCUACACAACCUGACAAUAACAAGAAUCCAUUAUCCAUAACAUCAUCAAGGGGGCAGCUCAAAUGUAAAAAUAUUGCAGUGCUCAAUUAAUUGGGGAAUGGUCAAUGACUGGUAGCAACUUGUACAUGUGCAGGAAAUGCAUACAUACAGUAGUAUUGUUUAGUAUAUAUACAUAGGAAAAUGUUUUUCUGAAAGUGUUUUUCCCAUAUGAACAGAGACAACUAGGAUGUCGCUUUAUAUAUGAAAAACACAAGACACAAACUUCACAAGAUGGAAACUUACCUUCCGAUUAAAAAAAAAAAAAACCAUCCACAGGGCUCAAAAUAGGAGCUUUAUCAAACGUUACUGCAGAAUUUUGCAGGUCAACUACAUACAGUCCUUAUUAUAUAUAUUCAUAGGAAGGAGGAGAGAUUAAUUUCUCCAUUCAUAGCUAAAGAGUACCUACGUUCUUAUCCCCCUGUGACAAAGAAGGUACCUUUAGAAAAUGGCUGGUGGAUCAUUAGCUCCAACAGGUGUGGCCAAGGAGAGGGCAGAUCAAUACCAAGGGAAGGUCACCGUGUAUGUCAUCGUCAGCUGCCUCGUCGCCGCCGUUGGUGGUUCACUCUUCGGAUAUGACAUCGGGAUUUCAGGAGGUGUUACUUCCAUGGAUGGAUUUCUUUCGAAAUUCUUCCCGACGGUCUACACACAAAAGAAGCAUGCACAUGAAAAUAACUACUGUAAGUACAACAACCAAGGUCUGGCAGCAUUUACAUCUUCUCUAUAUCUUGCUGGACUAGUGUCAUCUCUCGUGGCAUCUCCAAUCACACGGAAGUAUGGAAGACGUGGAAGUAUAAUCUGUGGUGGACUGAGCUUCAUAAUUGGAGCAACUUUAGAUGCAUCAGCUGUUAACCUAGCAAUGCUGAUUCUUGGUAGGAUUAUGCUUGGCUUUGGCAUUGGAUUCGGAAAUCAGGCUGUUCCACUAUACCUGUCAGAGAUGGCUCCCACCCAUCUCCGCGGAGGUCUUAACAUGAUGUUUCAAUUAGCAACCACCCUUGGGAUCUUCACAGCAAAUAUGAUCAAUUAUGGAACAGAGAGAAUACAUCCAUGGGGGUGGAGGGUAUCUCUAGGACUGGCAGCUGCUCCAGCUAUUUUGAUGGCUGUCGGAGGAAUACUACUUCCAGAAACACCGAAUAGCCUGAUUGAACGAGGAUCAAUGGAGAAGGGGAAAAAAGUUUUGGAAAAAAUCAGAGGAACAACUAAUAUUCAUGCUGAGUUACAAGACAUAGUUGAUGCGAGUGAGCUAGCCAACUCAAUUAAGCAUCCAUUCAGAAACAUUCUUGAGAAGAGGAAUAGGCCAGAGCUAACCAUGGCUAUAUUCAUGCCAACUUUCCAGAUUUUGACCGGCAUAAAUUCAAUUCUCUUCUAUGCCCCAGUACUGUUUCAGACUAUGGGCUUUGGAGGAAGAGCUUCUCUGUACUCUUCUGCAGUAACAGGAGCAGUUCUAGCUUCUUCAACAUUGAUAUCAAUUGCUACAGUUGAUAGAUGGGGUCGCAGAGCUUUACUCAUCGGUGGAGGGAUACUAAUGAUCAUUUGCCAGGUAAUAAGAUUAGCAUUCUGCAAUACGCUCUCUUACAUGUACCCCUCUCCCCACGCUACCAUGCAUGCAGCAACAAAUCGAAAAGACGUAAUAAAUUGACCAGAUUCAGGUAGUAACUAGACACAGUACCAGAUAGAGUUCCCAGUGAGCUAGAAAUCAAUGUAAGAACUUUUUACAUUUAAUUAAAUAGCUACCUGAGACAUAAUCCAUCAAGGACAGAGCUUCCAAGAAAGAAAAACAUAAGCAAAUAGGUGUCCAAAGAUCUCUACACAUGCAAAGGCAGGAGUUCUAACUCAGCUAGUAAGCUCAUACGGUGGCUAGCCAUCACUUUUACUACUCCUGAAUUCAUUUACCUUUGUCGGGUACAUUGCCAAACCGUAUCUGUCGAAUAUACCAGAUCAGAAAUGCAUAAUCAUAGACAAAAAGGUAAUGAUCAAGUAGGCCAAUUUAAAUUAAAAUUAGGUGAAGAGAUAAGCAACAUCUAUGUAAAUGUGCAUUUGGUUACUACACAACUGACUUUCUGAUUAGUUUCAUUUUUCUCCUGGCAAAACAGGUCAUUGUGGCAAUUAUUUUGGGGCUAAAGUUUGGCAGUGAUAAGGAGCUUACUAAAGGCUACUCCACUUUGGUAGUUGUGGUGAUCUGCCUAUUUGUUGCAGCUUUUGGGGUAUCAUGGGGCCCACUAGGGUGGACGGUGCCAAGUGAGAUAUUCCCUUUAGAAAUCCGGUCAGCCGGACAGAGCAUUACAGUAGCCGUUAACCUCUUCUUUACCUUCAUAAUAGGCCAAUCUUUCCUAUCCCUCCUGUGUGCUUUCAAGUUUGGGAUCUUCCUCUUCUUUGCGGGCUGGAUUACCAUUAUGACAAUUUUUGUAUAUCUUUUCCUACCUGAGACAAACGGUGUUCCGAUUGAGGAAAUGGUGUUCCUCUGGAAAAAACAUUGGUUCUGGAAGAGGGUCCUCCCAAAGGAUUCUGAAUCCAAUGGCAAUGCAGAAGCAGCGUAAGAAAAGUCAGAGAACUACCUGCAAAAAUCAGAGUUUGUUGAAAAUAUAAAUUGUAAGGAUAGUAUACUGCAGUAGCCAAGGAAAGAAGGUGUGAAAAUACAUAGUUUUAGUUGUUAAGGGAAAAUGUGGUGAACAGAUUGAACUAACUAGCACUUGGUUUGAAUUACCACAUGAUUCUGCCAAAAUUUGUAAACAGCUUUUCUGAUGGAAAUAUGCUAGCAAAAUAUUCUCUCAUGCAAGAAUGUUGUUUCUGAUAUUUUACUGAUGUUUGAGAAUAUAUGUGUAUAGUCCUAAAUCACACCAAACAAACCUCUUACAGAACACAUGAUGAAAAUAAGUGAUCA